UUAGUUGUAAGCUUUGCACUAAAACCAGCCUUAACUUUCCAUAUAAAGUAUAGAAAUCAGAAAUCCGCAUCAUAUAACAAGGUCAAACCCUAGGAGGAAGGAGAUCUAUAUACACACACAUAUCAUGGGAAGAGGGAAGAUUGCGAUUCGAAGGAUCGAGAAUUCGACGAGCAGGCAAGUGACUUUCUCAAAGAGAAGAAAUGGAUUGCUGAAGAAAGCCAGAGAGCUAUCAGUUCUUUGUGAUGCCGAAGUUGGAUUGAUUGUCUUCUCCAGCACCGGCAAGCUUUAUGACUUUGCAAGUACCAGCAUGAAAUCUGCUAUUGAGCGAUACAACAAGCUUAAGGAGGAACAUCUGAUGCUUAUGAAUCCUGCUUCAGAAGUCAAGCUUUGGCAGAGAGAAGUAGCAAGCCUGAGGCAACAACUACAGUACUUGCAAGAUUAUCACAGGCAACUGAUGGGCGAAGAACUUUCUGGUUUGGGAAUUAAAGAACUACAAAAUCUGGAAAACCAACUAGAGAUGAGUUUGAAGGGUGUCCGCAUGAGGAAGGAUCAAAUUUUAAAUGACGAGAUUAAAGAACUACACCAAAAGGGAAAUCUCGUUCAUGAAGAAAAUGUACAACUUUACAAAAAGAUAGACAUCAUCCAAAAAGAAAAUGCAGAACUGAGAAAGAAGGUUUAUGAAGCACAAAGCAUGAACGAAGAAAAUGGGACAUCCAAUCCUUCAUACCCUAUAAGCAACGGGUAUGAUUUACAUGCACCAAUCAGCCUCCAGCUAAGCCAGCCACAGUCUCAGCACAACGAACCACCGACCAAAACCAUGAAACUGGGGUACUCACUCAAACAGAUAAUAUUACAGCUGCAUAAGCCGAAGCCAGUCAACAAUCAAGGUUGGUUGUCUGACAACAAGCUGUCAACAACCAGGCCCUGACAACGAAAGCAAAGUACUGCUACUCAUAGUUCAAAUCUUCAACAACUGGUAUGAGAUGUUCUAUCAUGAAGCAUGGUAGUUACAAUUAAGCAUCUAACAUACCGCCUGCCUGUGUAAAUUUCAUGCAGUAAUGAUACCAUCAAAUGUGGGUUCUGUUUCCUUUUUUUUUUUUUUUUUUGGGGGGGGGGGGGGAUAAUGUGCCUUCUGUUACAAUUUCUAUAUCUUCUGUGAUAAAUUGGAUGGAAUUCAGAUUAGUAGCCAUUGUGUAAACCUUUAACAAGCUAUCACAGUAGGAAAGACAAGUAUUCAGAUGGUGGAAUAAAGGGGAUUCACAUUUUAUUACGUCUCUUAUUGAUCAGAAAAUUCUUGGUGCAUUUUAUAAGAAGGGUUUUGAUCAUAGCAUAUUGAUCAGAUCCCUUGAGCUGAAAAUAAAAUAUAACUAAAUAUUAAUUCUCUCUUUUCUUUGGAUAUCCCUGUGAUAAAGGAUGAUAAGAACUAAAGAAGAAUAAUAACACAAUAUAAACAGUAAAACAAUAAAUAAUAACUAAAUCAGUCACUAUUUUCAGCACUGCCCCUCAGGCUGGAGAGUAUGUGUUUAUCAUUCCUUGCUUGUUAUCUCAAUUCUUCAAACUUAACAUGAGCAAUAGUGUUAGUCAUCAGAUCAGCAACUUGGGCACUGGUAGCAACAUACAAUUAAACCAGAGUUGAUCUUCUCCUCAAUAAAAGGGCAACCUAUUUCCACAUGCCUUGUUAUAACAUGAUGUACAAGAUUUUUGGUUAUUCUGAUGAUGGCCCUGUCACAUACAUAACACUACCAGUGGCAGUUCCACAACUAGCCUCCAUUCCUAGAGAAGUCUCAUCAUCCGUAUUCCUUCACAUAUGCAAUUGCAAAGUGCUAAUGGUCACAAUUCUACAUCAAUGGUGUUUCUAUCUUCUUUUUUUGGCUUCUCCAUGGCACUAAAUUUCUCCCCCAACUGUCAAGUACCAAGUACUGGAUCUUCUAUUAGUCAUGAAUUAGACGUCCUGCAAGCCCUUGAUGCAUACCAAUCGGCUUUCCUUCUGGAGUCUGACCUAUUCUAAUGUGUCAACUAGUUUACACGACCUCAAUCUCUUUAAGGAGAUGUAUGAUGUGCUUUCUCCAAGAUGCGUCAUCUUUAUUUUGUACGAUGCCCCAUCCCCAGAAAAUACCUCAUUUGGCCAAGGCUUUUAAUGUGUAACUCUGCUCCAAGAUUUCGUAUCAGUUUGCCAAUCUCAUUACUUGUCUCAUGUAUCAUCUACAAAU